AUGUAUCAAGGGAAUCAAAAUGGAGGAUACCCACAAGACGUCACUUCGUUAUAUCAACCACUUCUUCUCAUCUUUGGAGAGGAAAAUUUUGCAAGUGCGGAACAAAUCACUCCACAACUCGUCCAACUGAACAUCUUUGGAGAGAUCUUCAGUGAAAGAGGAUUCUUUGUUCGGUCGGACGUGAGGAAGAAACAUUCCAUACGGAAAAUUGAAGAUUCUUUAAACAAAAUACUGGAAGUAUUUGCGUUCACUUUCAAAUACAAAAACAGCGAAGCUGCAAGGUCGGGGUUCAUUGCGCAACAACUCCAAAAAGUGUUUCCAGAAAUCGUCCAUACGGAAGUUGACGGGUCGUUAUCUAUCGACUCCUUGGCACUCAUUCCAAUCAUUGUAGAGUCGUUAAAGACUCUUAACGAAAUGCUCAAUGAAACAAAAGCGGAAAACAAACAGAAAAUCAAAGAAGCACAAGAGGCGGUGCAAAAUGCGUUGAAAAUCGUUCAGCAGCAACAACUCAAUCAAUUCGAAUUUUCAUUGACACUUGGGCCUUUGAAAGUGGUAGUGCCUAUUACGGUCAUAUGUCUGCUGGCUGCACUCUUCUGUUGUAUCUUCUUACCGGACCUCCCGUUCAUAUUAUUAGGACUCACUUUAACAGCUAUUUGCUGCAUUAUUUCAAUCGCAAAAAUGCCAAGUCACUUGAAGGUGGUCGACACGAAGAAAUUCUCGAAGCUCUUCCAAUCACCGGAAGUGCUUCAAAAGACGCUGAAGAAGUCGUUUUCAAAACGAUCGCUUCUUGAAGUCAAAAGAAGGUUUGAAGGAUGGCUUGAACAGAAUGAAAUGACAAAUUAUCAGAAGUCUGUGUGUCUGUGUUACUUCAUUCUUGUGAACAUUAAUUUGCUCUCGAUAGCACUGAGCUUCAUAUUUGGAGAAACCCUUAUCAGAUUCUGUGGGAUCUAUUUGGGCAUUCUGCUCCUGUUUUGGGGAUGUUCUGUUAAAUACUUCUUCGACAUCUCCUUCAUGCGACUGUUUUAUAUUCUUACACUCAUCUGCGUCACUGCCACACUGUCGUGUGUGAUCCUCAUCAAGAAACAACCGACACUCGAAUGUAGUCUCUACGGCUUUGAAAACCACAACACAACAAUCGCAUUACCACCACAUCAGGAAUCAUUCGACUUUUUAUUAUCAACACAACUCCCUUGGAAUUGUAUGAAUCCACAUCUUAUGUUUUCAAAACACUUACCAACUAAGUCACCAACUGGCUCGGCUCUUGCAAUGACAGUGCAAGCUAGUGAAGUGCCUCACAACUUCAAAACACAAGUUUUUUUAGUGUGUUCAGCAUUCAUAAAAUUUGACUGUGGAACGUUUGUGUUCCUUUGA